AAGCAUUAAUUUCGUCCAACGAAGAGAGAGGUACGCGCACUAACUAUGCACGUGGGACAAUAACUCAAACCAGAGAUGUGGUCGUCUGGACUGUGGAAUAAACUAUCGCCCUUGGAGCUGUGAUUGUGUUCCUGUCCUGUCUUCUCUUCUGGAAUUUUCAACGCUCUCAAGAUGGGCGCCAUUGGUGGGCUCGAAUUUCUUCUUCUUCCAGCACUGGUUCACCUGAUCAACGCCCAGUCUCUAUACGACUACGACUGCCACAGUUCUGCGGCCUCCUACACCUCUAACAGCAUCUUCGAGCAUAACCUCAACCAGUUGUUCACUUCCCUGGCUGCUAACGUUUCUUUCACUGGAUCCUACAAGGCUACCGCUGGAAGGGAGGCCGAUCAAGUCUACGGCGUCGUUCAGUGCCGAGGAGAUGUUACUGGAGCCUCCUGCCAGGACUGUGCUUCCAGCGCUGCCAGCCUAAUCACCGAGUACUGCUCGCAAAAGAGAUCUGCCACCAUAUGGCUCUAUAAAUGUGAAUUGCGCUACUCUGAUCAGAAUUUCUUUGGAGUCAUCGACACCAACUAUAGAUUGCCUUCUUACUGCAAUUUAAGCGUCUCCACCCCUCAGAAAUUCAGAAAUUCUGUCAUGUCGCUUUUCAAUGUUCUUAAAGGGUUAACCACUUCAUCUCCUGCCAUGUAUUCUGCCAGUUAUAUUGGAUACACGGAUGUCAUCAAGAUAUACGGUGUAACCCAAUGCACAGGAGACCUGAAUUUGAGCUCCUGCAAUUUAUGCUUAACAAAGGCCAUCUCCAAUAUUGCACAGUGUAUUACGGACAAGCUCUCAUCUUCAGCGAUGUCUGCGAGCUGCUUCAUUUGGUAUGGCGCAAACCCUCUCCUUCCAAGCUCAGCUUCCAGCACAUCUGCUCAACCACCACCACCAGUGAACCCUGCCAAUCAUACAACGCGGCCUUCUGCGAAUGAUGCAGGGCCUGCUGUAAGCUCGUCCAGAAUCGUUGUCACUACUCUUUCCUUCUUGGUGCCGUCUGUGCUUUUCCUGUGUGUUAUCUGCGCCCUGUUUCUCAAAAGGAAAAUGAAAAGCAGGAAGAAGCCCCAAAAUGGUGAAGAUGAAUUGCAGAGCGUGGAGGCGCUACUUUUUGAUCUAGACAGUAUACGAAUUGCCACUGACAACUUCUCCCUGCAAAAUAAACUCGGAGAAGGUGGGUUCGGCCCUGUUUACAAGGGAAAGUUACCAGGAGGUGAGAUCAUUGCGGUAAAAAGGCUUUCCAAAUAUUCUUCGCAGGGAGCAGCUGAGUUUAAGAAUGAGGUGCAACUGGUUGCCAAACUUCAGCAUAGGAAUUUGGUUAGGCUUCAUGGCUGUUGUCUGCAAGGAGAAGAGAAGAUCCUUAUAUAUGAAUAUGUGCCGAAUACCAGUCUUGACAAAUUUUUAUUUGGGAAUUCGGCAAGAAGUGAGAAAUUAGACUGGGGAACGCGGUUUAAAAUCAUUAUGGGAAUUGCAAAGGGGCUUAUGUACCUUCAUGAAGACUCCUGGCUCAAGGUCAUACAUAGAGAUUUAAAAGCAAGCAACAUCUUGCUAGAUCAGGACAUGAAUCCCAAGAUCUCAGACUUUGGAAUGGCCAAGCUUUUCGGCAUGGACCAAACACAAGGUGAUGCUAGCAGAAUUGCUGGGACAUUUGGCUAUAUGUCACCAGAGUACGCAAUGCAGGGUCGGUUCUCCACUAGAUCCGAUGUUUUCAGCUUCGGAAUCUUACUGUUAGAGAUUGUGUCUGGUAAAAGGAAUGCUUCUUUCUUUCAGUCUGAGCUUGACUUGGACCUUGUGGGAUAUACAUGGAGACUGUGGAAUGAAGACAGAGCGCUGGAGUUGGUUGAAGAAAAGAUAGCUGGAUCAUGCCAAACAAGUGAAGCACUGAGAUGCAUCCAUGUGGGUCUGCUGUGUGUUCAGGAAGAAGCAGAAGAUAGGCCAACAAUGUCCCAAGUGGUUUUCAUGCUUGGUAACACCUCCAUAAGCAUUCCUUCUCCUUUGGACCCUGCAUUUGUGGGGAGAUACUCUCCGAGAGAGACGGUGAGCAGAAAGUUGGAGUACCCUAUGAUUGGAAUGGAGGGGAGGUCUCAAAAUGAGGUGACGAUGAGCGACAUAGAAGCACGAUAAGGACGUGUUUCUUUUUAUCCCACAUUGGAGUAUGAGCUUAAUGUGAAGGAAAUUACGCGAUCUGUUUAACAAGACAUUUGAAACGGAAGAAUUGCUCAUAUGAGAAAUAAAUAUUGCAUGUGAGAGUCAUCCAAUUUUGAAUGGGACAGAUUUAUAAGGCGUUUGUAUUGGACAGGCUUUACUUUUUGCUUCUUCUUAAGUAAUAACUCUUGUAAUGUAGACGGUCGAAUGGUUAAAUUUCAUGGGCACCCAAGUUAUUGUACA